UUGCCAUUUGGUUCAGUUGGUUCCGUUCGACGGUUUCACGGUUUGUUAUUUGUUUACAACUCUACAUAUUCACGUGUAUAUUUAUUUCGACUGGUUUCGUUUGAUUCUGUUCAAGUAUUUUUUCAUAUUUAUUUGCUAUUUGAUGUUCAAUUACAUAAAACAUGUUUCCAUUAAGUACUCAAAAGAAAUUCUGGGUAUUUACUGAUGAAAAGGAUUUAAUAGAACUUAGACGACAAGCCAAUGCUAAUUUUGUAGAAAAACACGGUAAUGGAAUGUCAGCAGAGCAAAAGGCAGAAUAUUUUCUGUCAGAAUCAGAAGAGCGUAUCCUGGUUCGCUAUUAUGAAACACAACUAAGAGAGUUGGGUAAACGAUUUAAUCCACAAAUGCCACGCGCUACCGUUGCAACUGCUUUGCAUUAUUUCAAAAGGUUUUACUUGAGAAAUAGUGUAAUGGACUAUCAUCCGAAGGAAAUACUAGUCACCUGUGUAUAUUUAGCGUGCAAGGUGGAAGAAUUUAACGUUUCUAUAUCUCAAUUCGUGGCGAAUAUCAAAGGAGAUCGAGAUAAAGCUUCCGAUAUUAUUCUCAAUAACGAACUGCUUCUCAUGCAACAGUUAAAUUAUAAUCUAACAGUUCAUAAUCCGUUUAGGCCUGUAGAAGGUUUAUUAAUUGACAUAAAGACACGAUACCCAGGAAUAGAAAAUCCAGAAAGAUUGCGUCCGCAUAUAGAGGAAUUUCUUGAUAAUGUUUAUAUGACCGAUAGCGUUUUACUUUAUGCUCCGAGUCAAAUAGCCUUGUCUGCUAUUCUCAAUGCAGCUUCAAAAAUUUCAUCAACUUUGGACAGUUAUGUCACUGAUAUUCUAUUUUCCAGAGACCAUUUGGGUGGAAUAAUCGAGGCAGUCAGAAAAAUAAGAUCUAUGGCCAAAUUUAUUGAAACUCCUACAAGAGACUUUGUAAGGCCUCUAGAGAAGAAAUUGGAAAGAUGCAGGAAUCAAGACAAUAAUCCUGACAGUGAAAUAUACAAACAAAGAAUGCAAGAUAUGUUGGAUGAGGAAGAUCUAUUGGACAAUGAAAAAUACGCAAAAAUCAUUGAAGAUCAAGCUGCAAAUGAUGAAAAGACACUAGGCGUCACUACAGUCUCUCUGAGUGAUUAAGGUGAUUAAUUCCCUCAUUCGCAAAUAACAAUUGUACAUGUGUCAAGAACUUGGAUUUUGAGAUUUCUCAGUAAGUGAUAUUAAAUAGUUUCUAAAUUAAA